ACAUUAAACGACUUCUUGUCUCGUUGUCUGUUAAAACAACAUCUUAAAGUGAAUAUGUGACUAAGUGCAAACAGAAAAUCCAAGAAAAGACAGCAAAAUAUUGCACGAAAACUUCAAAUCGAGAACGAACUGGGGGAUGGGGGGUUGACUCAGGAUGAAAGUUACUAAAUGACAACUUGCUAAAGUCCACCAAUCCCCAAGCUUGGGCAAGCAAGACACCAACACCACCAGCAAGUCCCAGACACACAAACCACGACACACACAAACACCACCCAGCCAGGUCAGUACAUCGAUGAGAAUCGACACCGCGAAAAAGAAUCGACGCGCUCGGAUCGACGCCGGCGAGAGGAAUCGAUCCGCCACAUGCUGCUGUCGGCUCUUCGCGUUGGGCUCCGUCCGCUCCGUCUCCUCCUCCUCAAUUCGCCGCUCCGUCUCCUCCGUCCCGCUCCGUCGUCUCGCCCGCUCCGUCUCCUCCUUAAUUCGCCGCUCCGUCUCCUCAGCGCCGUCUCCUCAGCGCCGCCGCCGCCACUAACGACGUCUCCUCCUCAACUCGCUCCCUCGACCCCCGCGAGUUGCAGCGUCGUCAGCCCGGGCAGAGCGAUGGGUCCGUCGCACGUGAAGGACGCUGGCGUCGUCCCGGAGAUUCUGCUGCGCUGGAACGUGGCGGCAGCGGAGGUGGACGGCCUCACCGACGAGGUGAUCGCCGCCGCCAAAGCGGCGCACGACGCCGUGGCGGCCGUGCCGCUGGCGGACGUCACCGUCGCCAGCGUCCUCAAGCCCCUCGCCGACUCUGCCAACGCCUACGCCGUCGGGCGCAACCAGCUGGACUUCCUGCAGCACGUGUCUCCGUCGCGCGCCGUGCGCGAGGCCAGCACGCGCGCCGACAAGCGCCUGUCGCUGUUCGACGUGGAGGCGGCGAUGCGCGAGGACGUGCACCGGCGCCUCGCCGCGCUGCAGGCGCGCCUCCUCGCCCGGCACGCCGGCGACGACGCCGAUGCCGGCGGCGUCAUCACCGCCGAGGGGCGGCGGCUCCUGGACCGCCUCGUCAAGACCGGGCGGCGCAACGGGCUGCACCUGCCGGGCGACAAGCAGGCCGAGAUCAAGGCGAUCAAGGAGAAGAUUUCCAGUCUGUGCAUCGACUUCCACACCAACCUCACCGAAGACAACUCCUUCCUGGAGUUCACCACUGAAGAGCUGAAGGGGAUGCCCGCGGACUUCGUGUCGUCGCUGGAGCAGGCGGAGGGGGCGGCCGCCUGAAGGUGACGCUCAAGUCACCGCACUACUUCCCGCUCAUGAAGAAGUGCAGUGUGGAGGAGACGCGCGCUCGCAUGGAGCGGGCCUUCACCUCACGCUGCCUCGAGGCGAACACGCGGAUCCUGGAGGAGCUGCUGAGGCUGCGCUGGCGCAAGUCCCAGCUGCUGGCGUUCGCGUCGCACGCCGACUU